AUGUCCUGGGGAUUUAUUUUGAUUCAGUGACAAACUUACCCCCCAAAACAUGAAUAUACCGUGUGAUAUCCAUUUUCUUUAGUUCACCGCAAAGAUCAGAAUACAGGAAAUCAUUGUACCUCCAUAAAAGUAACUUUCACCCCUGCUGUCGGGUGCAAAACAACUUUGACAACUGUCAACAAAAGUGACAUUUGCCUGGGCCUGGCAACACUAACAGAACAGUGCAUCACCCCCCCCCCCCCCCCGUGCAUUGAUUGAGUGUGUCUUCAUUGUCACUAAGUCACCAGCUUCAAAAUGGCAUUACAGAGGGCUAAGAUGACUGAGGCUCAAGUCUUUAGCUGUAGUAAGACAAGGGGGCUGCCAGGUCUUCCCCCACUCCCUACAAUAGAGAGCAAGGAUCCCUCAGACUUAUAUCAGAUCGUCCUCCGACACAGUGAACAUCCACCUAUCAUGAAGGGAACAUCAUGGACCCAAGCAUCACCUUUCAAGGAGGAGCGAUUCCACAGAUCACCAAGUGAAUCAAUUGCCAACAACUACACCCCAACAGCUAGUGACCUGAAGAUAAGAGAAUUGCCAAAAAUUAUGAAAAGGCCUGCUGCUUCUCCCAGAACACCAAGAGGAAACAACCGACCGUCGCAUAAUGGAGCUGAGCAAAACCAGCUUGUCGUUGUGGAGGAUUUACCCGAGAGUCGCCCUCUUACACCGACAGAACAGAGCGAUAUCAUGAUGGACAUUGAAGUAGAGCGGGAAAAACUUGUUGGUGAACCAAGUGAACGAGACUUAGAGCGCUAUUAUUACUACAUCGAGCACGGAGUACGUUCAGACAUGAUUGCCCCACAGCAUGUUGAUGUUAUGAACAAAAUCAAGAGUCUUAUACCCACUCCUCUACUGAAGAGUCUAGAACUGAAGGAUAUGCAGCAACAGCUGCACACAGAAGUCAUCAGUGACUAUGAGCUCAGUCUCAGAAAAGGCAUCGUUGACUACGUGCUUAUGGACCCUGAUGAAAAAGGCAGACUGCACAUUGAGUGGACACCAAGACCUUUCCCCCAGAGGAUCAUUCGGGCUCCUGUACCAUGGCAUCAUCCCUACAGAGUGGCCAAAGAACAGAACGAGAUGGGUCUUUUCAUAACUAACCCCAUCAUGCUGGACCUGCAAAACAUUUGGUUUGAUCAGUUUGCAAAUUUGAGAUUCGUCAACCUGAAUGAUCUUCUUGCUGCUGAUCUGCCAUUGUUGCCAACCGAGUUUGAAUCUUUGGUCAAGAAGCAAUGCUGGGACGCUCAUGAAAUUCUGAGGAAAAAUUGGAUCCCCACUUGUGCCAAAGCUUUCGUAGAGAACAAAGAUUACUGGCAGUACCUUGUGCCAGAGGAGGAUGGUGACUCAACAGCACUGAUUCAGCAGUUCUUCUCCUGCGUGGCUGCAGUCAUGUCCACACAACUCCGCGGGAUGGUCAUCAACUCCCUAGACGACUUCUUGAAGUUCUUCAAGAUACACAUGAAUGGCAAUGACUUUGGUGAAGACUUCAAUGAGCUCCAAUAUGUGAUGGCCCAAGUCAUGAUCAUCAAACUCCGGGUGGAAGAGCCAAAGAUAUUAUUUGACCCUCCAUUCAGGGAGGUAAAAGACAUCAUCCUAAGGUGCUUCCAGGAAAUCAUCGCCAGUGCGGAGGGCCUUCCCAGGGUGGAGUGUGACCUCUUCCCUGAUAUGAGGGGCCAGAGACUUCUCUUGAGAUCGGUGAAGGUGGAGGAGGCACUGGUUGCAGACUUUACCGACAAGGCUAUGUCCAUCUUCAAAGACAAUACUGUCGGACCACAGAAGUACUUGAAUACAUACAAAAAGUAUGCUGAUCUCCUGAACAAUAAGGCAGAGCAGGAGGUGUCUGCCUUCCUCAAGGAGAGGCACUCUCUCCAGGCAUUCCAAGCCAAAAUCAACAGUUACCAAGACCUGAAGGAUGAGAUAGCCCUCUUGAGGAUCACUGUCCCUCUGAGUAUGUUCUGCCUGGACUGCGUCAACUUGAAUGCUGAUCUCUGCGCCAGGGCCCAGAAACUCAAGGAAAGGCUCAUCACGUUCGAGGUCGAUGAAAAUCGCGAUCUUAACCGAGGAAUCUGCCGGAAAUUUGAUGAGAUGUCGGACAGAGUUAGUGAGAUGCCUGAUACAACUGAGGGGUUGGUCGGACUGCAGGAAUACCUCCGAAAUUCAAUGGAUGUGACUGUGUAUAAACUGAAGGAUGAAAUCGACGAGGCAGCAAACAGACUUCAGUUUCUUUUGGACUAUGCAAUCUUCCCAUAUGAAGACAUCAAAUUGAACAGUCUGGUGUUCCACUGGCCCGAGCACAUCAAGACUGUGUUUGAGUUGGCUCAGAACAGAAUCAUGAACAGACGAGAGCACGCUGAGGACGAAGUCAGGAAGAAAGUCUCAAACUUUGAGGAGAAACUCAACGAGUUCCAGAAAGAGGUCGACUCGUUCAGAAAGAAGGAGAUAAUGAGUGGAGAUGAGAUGAAGAUCAAUGUGGAACAGCUGACCAAAUUGCACCAGAAUCUUGAAGAUGCUCGCGAAGAACUUGAGGGCCUGAAUAAAGAGGAGGAACUCCUUGAAUGGGAAGUCAGCACUUUCCCACAACUGCAACUCAUGUUCCAGCAGAAGGACCCGUACGACAAGUUGUGGAACACCGCUCUCUCAUUCCACACAAAGCAUGAGCAAUGGCUCAAUGGACCAUUCACUGAUCUGAAUGCUGAAGAUAUUGACACUGAGAUUGGUGAUAUGUGGAGGACAAUGUACAAGUUAACCAAGUCAUUCAGUGACCAGGCUGGCCCGAGACGUAUUGCCGACAGUGUCAAAGGCAAGAUAGACAAGUUCAAACAACACAUGCCUGUCUUGAACUGUAUCUGUAAUCCAGGUAUCAGGGAUAGACAUUGGGACAGGAUGAGCGAUGCAGUUGGCUUUGAUAUCCGACCCACUGAGGAUACUUCCCUGUUCACGAUGCUGGAGUACGGCCUACACAAACACCUGGAGAGCCUGGAGGAGAUCGGUGUGGCCGCCAGCAAGGAAUACUCCCUUGAGAAGGGCUUGGAGAAGAUGAAAAUUGAAUGGAAGGAUAUGGAGUUUGAGUUCAUCCCGUACAGGGACACGGGUGUGUCCAUUUUGUCAUCCAUUGAUGACAUCCAAGUGUUAUUAGAUGACCACAUUGUCAAAGCGCAGACAAUGCGAGGCUCACCGUUCAUCAAACCAUUUGAAACAGAGAUGAGAGAGUGGGAGGAGAAGCUGGUGACGAUGCAGGACAUCAUGGACGAGUGGCUCAAGUGCCAAGCAACCUGGCUCUACCUGGAACCCAUCUUCAGUUCAGAAGACAUCAUGGCCCAGAUGCCCGAAGAAGGUCGCAAGUUUGGCAUAGUCGAUAGCUAUUGGAAGGACAUCAUGACAGAGGCAGUGAAGGAUAACCAUUGUCUGACUGCUACUGCCCAGCCCAACAUGCUGGCGAAAUUCAGGGAGGCCAACGUCCUACUGGAGGAGAUUCAGAAGGGAUUGAAUGCUUACUUGGAGAAGAAGAGGCUCUACUUCCCAAGGUUCUUCUUCUUGUCCAAUGAUGAGUUGCUUGAGAUUCUCUCAGAGACAAAAGAUCCGCUCCGUGUCCAGCCUCAUUUGAAGAAAUGCUUUGAAGCCAUUGCCAAACUCGAGUUCACAGAACAGCAAGAAAUCGUUGGGAUGGUCUCCGCUGAAAAUGAAACUGUUCCAUUCAAUCAGAAAAUCUACCCUGCCAAAGCCAAGGGAAUGGUUGAAAAAUGGUUGCUUCAGGUUGAAGAUGUCAUGAUCAACAGUCUUCGCAAGGUUGUAGGGGACUCUGUCACAGCAUAUACGAACACACAGAGAGAACGCUGGGUCGUCGAGUGGGCUGGUCAAGUCAUUCUUGCCGUCAGUAACAUAUUCUGGACGACGGAGGUCCAAAAUGCUAUGACGACGAACACCAUGAGAGACUACUUGGAGAAGAGUAAUAAACAGAUAGAGCAGAUUGUCGCUCUUGUCCGUGGUAAACUUGAGACCAAUACUCGCAUAACACUUGGAGCUCUCAUCGUAAUUGAUGUCCACGCUCGAGAUGUGGUGGCCCAGUUGUGUGAAGACAACAUCCUAUCACCUCAAGAGUUUGAUUGGUUGGCCCAGCUGCGAUACUACUGGGAAGGUGGUGACGUGUUAGUGCGCAUGAUAACAACAGAGAUCAAAUAUGGUUACGAGUACCUGGGGAACUCGGCUCGUCUUGUCAUAACACCACUGACAGACAGGUGUUACAGAACACUUAUGGGUGCUUUGAAGCUGAAUCUUGGUGGUGCCCCAGAAGGCCCGGCAGGAACAGGCAAGACUGAAACCUGCAAGGAUUUGGCCAAGGCUGUAGCCAAGCAGUGUGUCGUAUUCAACUGCUCUGAUGGCCUCGACUACAAGGCCAUGGGGAAGUUCUUCAAGGGUCUCGCACAAGCUGGUGCCUGGGCAUGCUUUGACGAGUUCAACCGUAUCGAGUUGGAGGUGCUCUCUGUGGUUGCCCAACAGAUCCAGAGCAUCCAGAUUGCCAUAGCUCGCGGCCUGAAGCGAUUUUUGUUUGAGGGAACGGAGCUGUCACUGAAUCCUACUUGUACCAUGUUCAUUACGAUGAACCCUGGUUAUGCUGGUCGCCAGGAGCUGCCUGAUAAUCUGAAGGUGCUGUUCAGAACUGUCGCUAUGAUGGUGCCAGACUAUGCCCUGAUCGGUGAAAUCUCUCUCUACUCCAUGGGAUUCAUCGACGCCAAAAGCUUGGCCGGCAAGAUUGUUGCCACGUAUCGAUUGUGCUCAGAGCAGCUGUCGUCUCAGCACCAUUAUGAUUACGGUAUGAGGGCGGUGAAGUCUGUGCUGACAGCUGCGGGGAAUCUCCGUCUGAAGUACCUCGAGGAAGAAGAAGCUGUGCUGCUAUUGAAGGCCAUUAAUGAUGUCAACCUGCCAAAGUUUUUAUCUCAGGACGUGCCCCUGUUUGGUGGUAUCAUCUCUGAUCUGUUCCCUGGUGUGAAGCUCCCCGUCCCUGACUACGGCGUCUUCAUGGAAGCCCUCAAGGAUAACAUCAACAAGAGACAACUCCAAGCUGUACCUUGGUUCACAGACAAAAUUAUUCAGGUCUAUGAGAUGAUCUUGGUGCGACACGGCCUCAUGAUAGUAGGUGAACCCCUCGGAGGGAAGACCUGUGCCUGGCAAGUCCUAGCAGACGCCUUGGGCGAUCUCCACAUGGCAGGCCUAAUGGGAGAAUUCAGGGUCCAGCAUCGUAUCAUCAACCCAAAGUCUAUCACCAUGGGACAACUGUACGGUUGUUUUGACCCUGUCUCCCAUGAAUGGACGGAUGGCGUUCUGGCGAAUACUUUCCGAGAAUACGCCAGCAACCCCAAUGACGAUAGGAAGUGGAUUCUCUUUGACGGCCCGGUCGAUGCAGUUUGGAUUGAGAACAUGAAUACUGUGCUUGAUGACAACAAAAAGCUUUGCCUAAUGAGCGGUGAGAUUAUCCAGAUGAGCAACAAGAUGAAUCUGAUCUUCGAGCCCGCCGAUUUGGAACAAGCAUCACCUGCUACUGUCAGCCGCUGCGGUAUGAUCUACUUGGAGCCACAUCAGCUCGGCUGGAGACCGUUCAAGGAAUCGUACGUCCAAAACAAACUCCCGAAGAAUCUCGACAGCGAGCAAUUACAGCUUGUCAACGACUUGUAUGAUUGGCUGAUUGAUCCGAUGUUGGACUUCAUCCGCCAUGAUUGUAAGAUGAUCGUCAAUACGUCGGGUAUUCACCUCGUUCACAUGAUGCAGCGACUGUACUCCUGUUUGCUCGACGAGAUUGAGAAUACUGGGAAGGAAGGGCACGAGGUGUUGUCGAACCAGCAGAUCACGUUAUGGCUACAGGGUCUCUUCCUUUUCUCCAUCGUCUGGUCCCUCGGUGCUGUGUUAAUUGGUGACAGUAGGAAGAAGUUUGAUCAUCACUUCCGGUAUAUUCUCUCUGGUACCGAUCCUGACCACCCAAAGCCAAAGAGCAUCAAAAUUACUAAGAGCAACUCCUUCCCAGAGAGAGGUACCGUCUUUGAUUUCUGCUUUGAGAAGAAGGCGAGCGGCUCCUGGGCUGAUUGGAUGGACACCUUGGAUAAAUCAUUACUGGGAAUCCCAGCCGGUGCUAAGGUCAACUCAGUCAUCAUUCAGACUGCAGAUACAGCCAGGCAGAUCUUCUUCUUGAAGACGUUCCUAGCACACGAGACUCCGGCACUUUUUGUUGGUCCGACUGGAACUGGCAAAUCGGCCAUCACUAACAACUACUUGGUCACACUACCUAAAGAACAAUUCAUUGCCAACAGUGUGAACUUCUCAGCUCGUACAUCAGCCAACCAGACACAGGACAUUAUCAUGUCCAAGCUUGACAGGAGACGCAAGGGUGUGUUCGGCCCUCCGAUGGGGAAGAAGUGCAUUGUCUUUGUGGACGACUUGAACAUGCCCAGUAAAGAGGUGUACGGUGCUCAGCCUCCCAUUGAGUUGCUGAGGCAGUGGGCUGAUCAUCAUCACUGGUAUGACAAGAAGGACACCACCAAGAUCUUCCUGACUGAUGUGUUAUUCCUCGCUGCCAUGGGCCCUCCCGGUGGUGGUAGAAAUGACAUAUCGAGCCGUUUCACCCGUCACAUGAAUGUCAUCUCCAUUGACGAGUUCGAUGACACCACCCUGUCUAGGAUCUUCACAUCAAUUGUUGACUGGCAUUUUGCCAAAGGAUAUGAUGCUGUAUUCUCACGCCUUGGCAAGAUGAUGAUCCAAGCCACAAUGAGUGUAUACAAGGACGCCAUAACAAACUUCCUUCCAACCCCAUCCAAGAGUCACUACGUCUUCAACUUGCGUGAUUUCUCGCGUGUUAUCCAAGGUGUGCUUUUGGCGCCCGCCACCCACCUGACUGAGGGCGACAAAUUGAUCCGACUUUGGGUGCAUGAAGUUUACCGAGUCUUCUACGACAGGUUGAUUGAUGAUGCUGACAGACAUAUGUUUUUCAAUAUUGUCAAAGAGACCUGUCUGAAUGCCUUCAAAGUCAACAUUGACAAGGUCCUUGGUCAUCUGACGAUGUCUGGCAACGUGAAGGAUGAUAAUGUGAGAAGCUUGAUGUUUGGUGACUACAUGGUGACAGAGUCGGAAGCUAAAGCCUAUGACGAAGUGCGUGAUUUGAAGGAACUCACAAAAGUUAUGGAACAUUACCUUGAUGAAUACAAUCAGAUGAGCAAGGCCCCAAUGUCCCUUGUCAUGUUCAAGUUCGCCAUUGAACACAUCUCUCGUGUGAGCCGUGUCCUCCAGCAGGAUAAUGGUCAUUGCUUAUUGGUCGGUAUCGGAGGCAGCGGUCGUCAGAGUGCAGCCAAGUUGGCCACUUUCAUGGCAGAUUUCGACAUCUUCCAGAUUGAAAUCACCAGGAAUUAUACCGUGAAUGAAUGGAGAGAGGAUCUGAAAAAGUUGCUAAUCAAGGCCGGUGCAGAAGGAAAAAACAUUGUCUUCCUUUUCUCGGACAAUCAGAUCAAGGAUGAGUCAUUCAUGGAAGACAUCAGCAUGAUCCUGAACACUGGCGACGUGCCAAACUUAUACCCAGCAGACGAGAAGGCCGAAAUCAUUGAGAAGAUGCAGACGGUAGCUAGGAACGAGGGCAAGAAAAUCGAUUCGACUCCUCUGGCGAUGUAUAACUACUUCAUCGAGAGAGUACGAGAGAACCUCCAUAUCAUUCUGGCUAUGAGUCCUAUUGGAGAUGCUUUCAGGAAUCGGUUGCGAAUGUUCCCAUCUCUCAUCAACUGUUGUACCAUUGAUUGGUUCCAGAAUUGGCCUGAAGAUGCCCUGGAAAUGGUGGCUAACAAGUUCUUGGAGGAGCUUGACAUUGAGGACGAUGUCCGCAGAGAAACUGUGGUGUUGUGUAAACACUUCCAUGAAAGUGUUCGAUUGACCUCUGUUAGGUAUUAUGACAUUUUGAGAAGACACAAUUACGUGACCCCCACAUCAUACUUAGAACUUAUCCUGACGUUCAAGAAAAUGUUGGGUGUCAAACAGGAGGAGAUAAUGACCUUGAAGAACAGGUACCUGACCGGUUUGGAGAAAUUGGACUUUGCUGCGUCGCAGGUGUCCAUCAUGCAGGCUGAGCUGAAGGCGCUGCAGCCGGAGUUGAUACAGACGUCUGCUGAGACUGAGAAGCUCAUGGUGAAGAUUGAACAGGAUACAGUGGAAGUGGAGGCAAAGAAGGAGGUUGUCGGUGCUGAUGAGGCUGUAGCAAAUGAGGCUGCUGCAGCUGCCCAGGCCAUCAAGGAUGAGUGUGAGGCUGACUUGGCCGAGGCCAUCCCGGCUUUGGAAGCUGCCAUCUCGGCCCUCAAUACCCUUAAGCCAAGCGAUAUCACUCUGGUCAAGUCAAUGAAAAAUCCACCAGCUCUUGUGAAACUCGUCAUGGAGUCUGUGUGCAUCAUGUUGAGUAUCAAGGCGGAGCGUAAGCCUGACCCAGGCGGCUCUGGCAAGAUGAUAGAGGACUACUGGGGCUCGUCUCAAAAACUUCUUGGCGACCUUAAGUUUCUGGAUCGGUUGAAAGGAUACGAUAAAGACAAUAUCCCGCCAGCCAUUAUGAAGAAGAUCAGACAAACAUAUAUUCCAAAUGCCGAUUUCAAUCCGAAUAUCAUCAAGAAUGCUUCGACUGCUUGUGAGGGUCUGUGCAAGUGGGUGUGUGCCUUGGACGUCUACGACCGAGUUGCCAAAGUUGUGGCACCCAAGAAACAGAAGUUGGGUGAAGCCGAGGCUGACCUGGCCAUUCAGAUGAAGAAACUGAAUGCCAAGAGAGCACAGCUCCAAGAGGUUGUUGACAAAUUGCAAGCGUUGAAUGACCAGUUUGAGGCCAUGACACAGAAGAAGAAAGAUCUUGAAGACAACAUUGAACUUUGCUCCAAGAAGUUAGUUCGCGCCGAAAAACUGAUUGGCGGGCUUGGUGGUGAAAAAGACAGAUGGACCGAUAUGGCGAAAAUGUUAGGAGAACGUUUUAUCAACAUCACGGGAGAUGUCUUGCUUAGUUCUGGUGUUGUGGCCUACUUGGGUGCAUUUACUGUCGAUUUCAGAAAUGAAGUUGUAGCUGAAUGGCAUAAGCUGUGCCAGUCCAAGUCAAUCCCCUGCUCCGAGCAGUUCUCACUGGCAAACACCUUGGGUGAGCCGGUCAAGAUCCGUGCGUGGAACAUCGCUGGUUUGCCAGUUGAUGGCUUCAGUGUAGAGAAUGGUAUCGUUGUCUACAACUCCAGGCGUUGGCCGCUUAUGAUUGAUCCUCAAGGUCAGGCCAACAAAUGGAUCAAGACUCUGGAAAAGGCCAAUCAGCUGACAGUAAUCAAACUUUCUGAUCCAAACUACGUACGAUCUCUUGAGAAUUCUAUCCAGUUCGGCUACCCGAUCCUUCUGGAGAAUGUUGGAGAGGAACUCGAUCCACUGCUUGAACCAGUCCUGCAGAAGCAGACGUUCAAGUCACAGGGAGUUGAGUACAUCAGGCUUGGUGACAAUGUCAUUGAAUACUCCCAGGACUUCAAGCUGUACAUCACGACAAGGUUGAGGAAUCCUCAUUACCUGCCUGAAAUUGCAGUCAAGGUUUGUCUGCUGAAUUUCAUGAUCACGCCCCAGGGUCUGGAGGACCAGUUGCUGGGUAUCGUGGCUGCCAAAGAGAAACCUGAACUCGAGGAGAAGAAGAAUGAGUUGAUUGUGGAGAGUGCCCACAACAAGAAACAACUGAAGGAGAUUGAGGAUAAAAUCUUGGAGGUCCUCUCAUCCUCUCAGGGCAACAUCCUUGAAGAUGAAACUGCAAUCAAAGUUCUCUCCAACUCCAAGACACUAUCAGAGGAUAUCUCAGCCAAGCAGGAGAUUGCGGCCCAGACAGAGUUGGAGAUUGAUGAAACACGUAUCGGCUAUCUCCCAGUUGCCAAACACUCCUCCAUCCUCUUCUUCUGUAUAUCUGAACUUGCUAACAUUGAGCCCAUGUACCAGUACUCCCUGAAUUGGUUCAUCAAUCUUUAUGUUCAGUCCAUCAUCAAUAGUCCGCAGUCCAGUGAACUCGAGGAGCGUAUCCAGAACCUGAAUGAUCACUUCACCAACAGCAUCUAUCGUAACGUCUGCCGAUCACUGUUUGAGAAGGACAAGCUUCUGUUCUCUUCUAUACUGUGUGUGGGCAUUUUGAAAGGAGAGGGCAAGAUCGAUGAUGAAAUGUGGCGAUUCUUGCUGACCGGUGGUGUAGCAUUGGACAACCCUCAUCCUAACCCAGCACCAGAAUGGCUGCAGGAGAAAUCCUGGUCAGAGAUAGUCAGGGCGUCCAGCCUGAACAACCUCAGAGGACUGAAAGAACAUGUCCAAGAAAAUCCACAGAAGUGGAAGGAAAUGUACGACUCUGCCACACCACAUGAAUUCACCUAUCCGAAUCCCUUUGAUGCAGUCAGUGGAUUGGACCGCUUGGUUGUCCUGAGGUGUCUUCGCCCUGACAAGGUUGUCCCGGCGAUGGCAGAUUUCAUCGUGGACAAUUUAGGCCAACAGUUCAUUGAACCACCGACGUUUGACCUCGCUGGUUCGUUUGCCGAUUCCAACUGCUGUGCACCACUUAUCUUUGUGUUGUCCCCUGGUGCUGAUCCAAUGGCUGCACUGAUGAAGUUCGGGGAGGACAUGGGCUACUCUGGGGAUAGGAUUCAGACAAUAUCUCUUGGCCAGGGACAGGGUCCGAUUGCUGCUAAGAUGAUCGAUAAUGCCAUCAAGAAUGGAACGUGGGUCGUACUCCAGAAUUGUCAUCUUGCUACCAGCUGGAUGCCUAAGCUUGAGAAGAUCUGUGAGGAAGUCAUCAUCCCAGACGACACGAAUCCUAAUUUCCGGCUCUGGCUAACCAGUUAUCCGUCUGACGAAUUCCCUGUUUCAAUUCUACAAAAUGGAGUCAAAAUGACCAAUGAGCCACCGAAAGGUCUGCGGUCGAAUCUUCUGCGAUCAUACCUCAAUGAUCCUAUCUCUGAUCCGACAUUCUUUAAUGGUUGUAAAACGAACAAACGAUGGCAGAAGCUGUUAUUUGCCCUGUGCUUCUUCCAUGCCAUUGUACAAGAGAGGAGAAAGUUUGGGCCCCUCGGCUGGAAUAUCCCGUAUGAGUUCAACGAAUCUGAUCUCAGAAUCAGCAUGAGGCAAAUGCAGAUGUUCUUGAACGACUAUGAAGCACUUCCUCUUGAGGCUCUGACGUAUCUGACCGGCCAGUGUAACUACGGAGGCAGAGUAACAGACGAUAAGGAUCGCCGUCUGCUCGUCUCGAUUCUCUCCAUCUUCUAUAAAGAAAACGUCAUCACCCAAGAAGGCUAUUCAUUCUCCAAUAGUGGUCUGUACACAGUACCCCCGGAAGGAACAUACCAGAGUUUUGUGGAUUUCAUCCGUGCUCUUCCACAUGUCCCGAACCCCGAGGUAUACGGUCUUCACGAGAACGCCGACAUAACCAAGGACAACCAAGAAACCCAGACGUUGUUUGAGGGUAUUUUGUUAACGUUGCCAAGGCAGACCAGUGGAGGCGGAAAGUCAUCUGGCGAUGUCAUCCAGGACUUGGCAGAAGAUAUCCUCAACAAACUUCCCCAGAAUUACAAUAUGGAAGCUGUCAUAGCCAAGUAUCCCGUCGUCUACAAUGAAUCAAUGAACACAGUAUUACGUCAGGAACUGAUUCGCUACAACCGGCUGAUCUCAGUUGUGCGCGCCAGUUUACAAAAUCUCAAGAAGGCCAUCAUAGGUCUCGUUGUCAUGUCCUCAGAACUUGAGGAGGUGUUUGGCAGCAUGUUGGUCGGGAAGGUUCCCAGCGUGUGGGCGUCCAAGUCAUACCCAUCCCUGAAACCCUUGGGUAGUUAUGUGAAUGAUUUACUUGUGAGAUUGAAGUUCUUCCAAGAUUGGAUCGAAAAUGGUGCGCCGCCAACAUUCUGGCUCUCUGGUUUCUACUUCACCCAGUCGUUCUUGACGGGCGUUUCCCAGAACUACGCUAGGAAGUACACGAUCCCGAUUGACAAACUUGGCUUCCAGUUUGACAUGAUGUCAGAGGAGAGACACAUACCUACAAAGCCUGAUGAUGGUGCUUACGUAUACGGUUUGUUCCUUGAAGGUGCCAGAUGGGAUCGGGAAAGAUACGCCAUCAACGAAUCUCUGCCGAAGAUUCUGUUUGAUACAUUGCCUGUCAUUUGGCUAAAACCUGGAAUCAUUGAAGAAUUCGAAAUCAAACCAACCUACAGCAGUCCAGUGUACAAAACUACAGCCCGAAGAGGAACAUUAUCGACAACAGGUCAUUCAACAAACUUCGUACUUAUGAUCGAAAUUCCGUCCGACAAACCGCAGAGUCAUUGGGUGAAUCGAGGAGUGGCGUGUAUUUGUCAACUUGAUGACUAAGUAACUGUGGAUAUGGGAGACAUUUUGAACACUUUGUGCCAAAAUGUGAUUAGAAUCACAGUGUGCUCUCUCUUCCAGCUAAAGUUUUGACCAUGGAUUAAUAGCAAUGUUCUCCAACUGGGCCUGGUUUAAAUUUCUGUGUUAAAGGCUAAGUUCGUUAACAUUGUGCUGUUUUCUGAGUACCAAACAAUAAUGAUAUAACAUAAAAAAUGAAUAAAAAUUUAUUACUAAAUCGACUAAAACAGCAAAAUAACACAGAAAUAUAAGCCUUGCAUGAACUAAGUGACCUAUCCGUCGAGGUGAAUUUCAUAAGAUUUAGUUAGUCUAUCAACAGCUUUGGGUUCAUUAAUUGAUUCUCAGGCAACCUGUAUUUUGAGUCAUUUUUUUCAGACUGUGAUAUUUCCAAUGCCAAAUCUCAGACAACUUCAGGAAAGAAUUUGAUAUCUUCUGAUAAGCAUAUCCUAAAAUCUGUGUGUGUAAAUAGGUCCUGCAACUUGUACAUGAAUAUGGCUUAUCACCUGGAUUUCAGAUCUGCUUAAUUCUGUCGGAAUUUUCUGCUUGGGAUUUUCUAUGGUUAGUAUUUGUUGUUAAUGGUUCUAUGACCAUAAUAUAGAAACGUGAUAGCCAUGCAGUGAACCUCAGUUCGUUUUCUUUUCUUUACGAUCUUGCCAUGUAUAUUGUCGCUUUUUUCUUAGUCUUUCAUGAGUAAUUAGUUGCCCGCAUUUCUUUUUUGAAAACUGCAGAUUCCUUUCAGUGAAAUUGGUCCAGUUAUGCUGAUUCUUAAUUUCGAUUUUAUAGAAGUUUCAUUGUAACUCUCUCGGUGUUUGGUAAGAUUGAUAUACAUGUUGAUUUGUGUGGAUGUGGUAUAAUAGAAAGAUGCCGAUGGCUCACAUAACUGAGCAGACACAGUAAUUGUGAUUUUCAUGAAUCAAAAAAGGAAGAAUGCAGUGAUUGAAUUCCGUCCAGGUUACUUAGCAUAUCUGUCUUUAACUCCAAUGAGCUGGUUUUUUCUCCGCCAAAAAAGAUUGACAUUUUCCGUCCAGCCAAAUUAAUCAUUAAUAUAUCAAUUAGUAUUCCAAUAUUUUGUAUAUAAACAUGUAUCAGAUGUGAUAUUUUGUAUAGAAAUGUUUCUCGAUAGACCUGUACCUAUAAUAGUAUUUUUGCUAUUUUGUGUAAAUAUGUGUUAAUGACAUGAUUUCUGAUUAUUAAA